ACCUAAAGAUAGCGAAGUAUAAAACUGCAUGGCAGUCCCUGCUUUACAAAGGAAACACUCUCUGGACAAUUUGCAAUGUCUCUGAAAAUGUUUCAAAUUUUGGUGCCUGCUCUGCUGUUUACAGCUUCCAUUUCAGGUGUCCUUGGAGCACCAUUUCUGACAGAAGAAUCAGCAAAUCAAUUUAUACGACUUAAACGACAAAUGCCGUAUUCUCAGAGCGACUGGGACCCAAGCAGCAGCCAGAAUACGUGGGGAUACACUGUGGCUGAGCAGGUUAGUGAAUCAUGGACAUCUUUGAGAAACACAGCACAAUACUACAUGGACUUGGUAUCUUCUGCCUUUGAUCCUUCUAUUGCCAGGGACAACAUCAGAUUUUUCAUGGAUAUGCUACAGCAGUCUGGGACUUACCUCUUGCAACAGACAGGGAUGAGCAAUUAAAUCCUAUAUAUCUGUCAUAUCUGGCAAUGUUAGGAUAUGGCAUGUUUUGUAUUUGCCACAAAUGACUUUAUCUUAUUCCACUGUCUAUUAUUUGGAAAGCUCUGCUUUCCACAUUUAAAGUUUUGGACUCCUACUUGAAUGCCAAAAGUGACGAAAACCACAGCUACAAGAGUGAGCUGCUUUUUCUUACACUGUAGCAGCAGGAGCUGGUGAAAACAUUUAUUCACUGCUCCUUUUCUAAUAAAAGAGGUGAUGACAAAACGUUCUUUA